AUGAAUAGUAUGACCUGGGUAAUUUGGAAUAGGCGUCUCACAAAGUUAAAUUUCAAUAAAACAACAAUAAACAUUAAUUACUUUAUAUUUGCAGACCGCGAGUGUCCUGAACUUGCGCAGCCUUCAUUGGGCCAAGUCACAUUAACAGGAAGACAUUUUGGACAACGAGCUUCAUAUUCAUGUCCUCAUGGUUACCACGUUGUGGGACUACAAAGUCGUUUAUGUCAAGCCGAUGGAAAUUGGGCUGGAGCUGAACCUGCAUGCAAGCAAAACAUAUAUUGCCUCAAGCCGCCUAAAAUCGAACAUGCCCGUAACUCGGCUCUUCCAGAUCAAGAAACUUUCGAUCUAGACUCCACUGUACAGUAUCACUGCCACAAUGGAUAUGUCACUAAUGGAUUCCCCAGGGCCAAAUGCUUGGCCAUCGAUGGUCAGGCUAGCUGGUAUGGCCCAGACAUUCAGUGUGAACCUCGUUCAUGUGGCCAACCACCGGAUCCAGCAAAUGGAUGGCAUUCAGGAGAAUGUUAUACUUUCGGCUGCAAAAUAACAUACAAUUGCGGCACUGGAUAUGAAUUAGUUGGAAAACAUGAGCGCACUUGUCAAUCAGAUGGCUCAUGGACCCCAAAGGAACUACCAACAUGUGUCUUGGUCACAUCCGUUGUUUGUCCUACACCAGAAAAUCCUAAAAAUGGCAAAGCCACAUUUACCACAUUGGCCUACAAUUCAGUUGUGAGCUAUGAAUGUCGAUAUGGCUACACGCUUGUGGGUGAGAGUUCCAGCAGGUGUGGCGCAGAUAGAAAAUGGAGUGGCACACUGCCAGUGUGCAAGGAAAUAAACUGCGGCCACCCUGGUGUUCUUUACAACGGUUGGAUUGAAAACGUUGAAGCGGGAACUGGACUGGGAGCAAGUAUAAUUUUUCGCUGUCAACCAGACAUGUUGAUGAAAGGAUCAUCGUCCAGUGUAUGCCAAAUCGAUGGUCGUUGGCGGAACCCAUUGCCGGAGUGCUUGGCACCUUGCGUUGUCCCAGCUAUAUCACAAGGUUUUGUCGUACCCAUUGAAAUUAUUACUGAUGAAAAUGGGACCACAAUUAUAACGCCUACUAAUCAGUCUGCACAGCAUCACCCAUCUGGAUCUGUUGACAAGGUGAAACACGACACAGCUCUAGAUGUUAAAUGUGAACACAAUUAUGAGUUUCCUGUUUCGCUAUUGAGCCCACCCAAAUGUCAUAAUGGCACUUGGAGUAUUAUACCACGCUGUGUUCCAGCGCGUUGUAAAAACAUGCCAAAACCUCCUAAACAUGGGAUGGUGUUGGCUCCGAAAACGGAACACGGAAUGAAGGCCAGAUUUAAAUGUAAAGAUGGUUUUAAGCUGGUCAGCCCAGAAGGCAAAGACAUCACCGAUCCAAACGAUUAUGUUCUCACAUGUUCCUUUGGCAAUUGGACUGGGGAAGUUCCUCAUUGUCAGGAAGUGUUCUGCUCCUUCCCCGGCUAUAUUCCAAAUGGGAAAGUAUUACUUGUCGGCAACAUGGGUCUUUACGAUUACAGGCCUUACGUAAAAAAGAUAGUAAAUAAUAAACAGAUUAUGUACGACUGUGACAAAGGAUAUGUACUGGAUGUGGGUCCACCCGGUGCAACUUGCGUUGGAGGAAAGUGGCGACCAUUGGAACUGCCGCAGUGUUUGUUGGGACAGCAUCCUCGACUUCGUUGGAACCGUAGACGACGUUCAAUUGAAAUACGACAUUUACGAUCAACAUUCCUGUUAAAACACUCUCGUAUGCUAGAAAAAAAAUUAAGGGAUGUCAAGUACAACUAUUUUAUUGGUUUAAAUGAAAAGAAGGAUCAGGAUCGAGCUGAGGAAGGGAAAGUUUCAAGAAUAAAACGUGGACACGUGGACUUGGAAGAAGCGUAUUCGAAAUAUUAUCAACGUAUUAAGCAGAAAUAUCAGGACUUUGUAAAAUAUUUACUUGGAUUUGAUAAUGGAGACCAACACAAGGAUGUUCGCAAUCCUUCGAAAAAAAUUAAAAUUCAAAAUGGACGUUGGUAUUACGCAACCAACAACACGGACCUUUUGCCGAGAUACAAGACUACCCACAAGUCCAGGCAAUUGAUUAACGAUAUUAACGAAUAUGACGAAUUGGAAAACAAGGCCCAUGCAUUAAUACUACCUCAGCGCAAGAUUAUCAACGAUUCCGCUAAAUAUACAUCCACGACAAGAAACAAUGAUCCCUUUCUUUUAGGAAAAAAUACUUACAAUUAUAUCCUUGAGCCAUCGUCGCUACGAAAGCCGAAAUUGGGGAAUAUUUCAGAUUACAUUGAACAACUAAAAUCACAGAUGAUUCGUAAAAGGGGAAAAAGGAAUGCAAAUGUGCCUAUAGACUCCGAAUCGGAAUCAAUCGAUGAGUAUAAAGAAGGGCGUAAAAGAUUGCGUGGCCCUUGUGCAGAUUUAGAUUGGGACUCAUUUGCAAAUAUCACAAUAAUUAGAGCUGGAAAGACAUCUGGGAGAAACAGUAUUGGGACAAUAUUAAGCUUGGAAUGUAAUGCGGGAUUUCAGCUGAAUAUUAAAGGCCCGAAUGCAACGGCAAGGUGUAUACGUGGUUUUUGGAAGCCUGAAACACCGAAAUGUAUAUCAGCACCGUGUUUGGUUCCAUCAGUGGAGAAUGGAAAAUAUUACAAAGUAGAACCGCAUACAAUAGAGCUAUCGGACAAGCCAUCUUUAACACCUCUAUCGACAUAUGAAGAGAUACAGUCCAAUGAGUUCAUUACACUGGAGUGCGAGGAGGGAUAUAAAAUUCAGGGAGCCGGGCAAUUAAGAUGCGGUCAUGGAAGUUGGUCAGUUAAUGCUUUCUCUAAGUGUGUGUCAGUAGCAUGUACAUUGCCCAGUAUACCUGGGCUGAUAUAUGAGGGGGGUUAUCGGGCUGGUUUAACUAUCGGACAAGACAGUUCGGUUAAUGCUCGCUGUAAUUACUCAACGAAUACUCUACCCAUCGAAAUGACUUGCAAUAAAGGCACAAUCAAACCUCAGAAUAUACAGUGUGAGUCCGGAAUGAGAAAAUCGAGGCAAGAAAUUGUUAAAAUAGUAGAAAAACCCAAUGACUCUGUCGAAAAAAUCAGUAACACCAAUAUUCUAGACACCUCCGAAAUGGAAGAAAGUUUAAAUUCCACAGAUGACCAAAACGUCACUGAAGAAACGAAGAUGUGUGGUCCCCCAACACUCACGGACGGUGCCUUAAUAUACAAAAAUGGUGACAUAGACAUCGAAGGGGUGUAUGAAAGUGGCACUGAGAUUUAUUUUAACUGCAUUCCGAGUGCCUCUGGAGAAAGAAACACUUGGAAAAUCAUUUGCGAAAAUGGAGAAUGGAUAGGUCGGUCAUAUAAUUGCGCUAACGGAACCUGUUUAUUCAAAAAUAAUGAGCCGAAUGUUGUUAGUUUCUAUAACGACCUGGAAAUUCGGGAAGACGUUGUGGAAUUCCCUCCCGGAGCGACGAUUACAUCAAGAUGUACAGAUAUUGGCAAAUUCGAACUGGUUGGAAGCAUUGAACGUACUUGCAUCCAUUCAGAGUGGACGGGAGUGAAACCCCAGUGUUUCGGUCUUAACCAAGAAAAUGACUAUGCAAUGGAAAAGGCUCCUACAAUUCUGUUUAGACGACAUAAUGGUCCCAUUGCACAGAGUAACGACGGUAAACUGAUUGUGUACCCCGGAACAACGUUGCAUAUGGAGUGCCUAUGGAUGCGUCGUUUCGGUAAUCCCAAAUGGUCGGUUAGCCACGAUUUUAAGAAUUACUCUGAGGGCUGGGUUACAGAAGAGGGUCGGGAUCCUACACUGGAAUACCGUCUUACAAUAGCAGACGCUCAAAUCGAUGAUUCCGGCAUUUAUUCAUGUGAAACACCAGCCAGACAUAAACAUUCUGUCGAAGUGGUGGUUAAGAGCAUAAAUUGUCCUGAAAUACCAACACGACGUGGCCUUAUUGUAAGCACGAAUGAAACCAAACUCAGUGUGCGAGUUCUGCUCUCCUGUUCCAAUGGUAAUUCUCUGAUAGGAUCGUCAGAACUCUUUUGUCUCCCCAGUGGAAAUUGGAGCGCUCCUUUGCCUGUAUGUGAAAGCGUAGAAUGUGGUGACAUUCCAUUGCCAAAUAAUAUAACUUCGCCACGAGUAUCGGUCCUAUCACGUGAAGUGGGAGGUCGCGCCGCAUUUUCUUGUCCGUCGGGUUACGGGCUAAGAGGCCCAUCAGAGUCAAUAUGCAUGCCAUCUGGUGAAUGGGCAACCCCUUUCCCCACAUGUGUUGAAGUCCAGUGCGAAAAUCCUGGAGCUCCACCAAAUGGUUACGCUCAAGGCACUCCUCCAUAUCGAGCUGGAGAUGUUGUUCAAUUUAAUUGCAAUCCGGAAUACAUGAUGCAGGGCCAACCAAUUAUAGCAUGUCAAGACAAUGGUCGAUGGUCUGGAGGUCUUCCAAAAUGCGUUCAAGCCUGUUCAUAUCCUGGAACGGCUAUUAGCGGUCACAUGUCGUCUGUCCAGUUUUACUAUGCAAUUGGUGAAAGCAUCACAUUUACGUGUGAUGCUGGUCUGGAGCUGCGCGGUCCUAAAAUGGUAAAAUGUUUAAAAAAUGGCAAAUGGUCUGGUGCUAUUCCACAGUGCGUAGCACUUGAUUAGAUACCUUUUUGUAUCAAAACAUCCCAAUUGAAUAAAAAUAUGAAAGGCUAAAUGUACAUUAAAAUAUAA